AUGGACAAGUUCGCCCAGAAGAUUGCCGGAAAGCUUGGCGUAGGUGACCUGCUCCACCAGGGAGGUCAGCACGGCCAGGGCCAAGCCCAACAACAACAACUCCCAAGCCAGCCAGGCGUCAUGUUCGACCACGCCGGGCACGGGCGCGUCCUCGACAGGGAACACAUGCUCCACGCCGACGGCGGCACAUACCCACGCAUGUGCCGCCUCUCGGACGGCUCCAUCCUGCUGGGCUUCACGCGCUUCGAGCCCAACCCGGCCAACCCCAAGGUGCAGCUGCGGGUGCUGGCGGUGCACCGCAGCACGGACAACGGCGCGACCUUCCAGCCGCACGGCGUCGUCGACCGCUGCCCCCGGGACUGCGACAACAUGUUCCUGCUCGAGGUGCCCACCACGGACGGCAUCGGGCGGCCCAAGAUCCUGGCCGCGUUCCGGAACCACGACUUCGCCCCGGGCGGCGGCCACAGCUGGUACCGCAUCACCGUGUGCCAGUCCUUCAACGGCGGCAAGGACUGGACCUACCUCUCGCAGGCGGCCGAGAAGCCCACCGCGCCGAACGGCCUGUGGGAGCCCUUCAUGCGAAUCGGCCGGAGGGGCGAGAUCCAGAUGACCUUCUCCCAGGAGCUGUCUCAUAUCGACCAGGACACCAUGUUUCUUACUUCCGACGAUCAGGGAAAGACGUGGUCUCAGCCCAGGCCGGUGACGGGCGUUGGCGAGCAGCUGAGGGAUGGCAUGACCGGUAUAGUGCGCACAAUGGACCAAGGGCGCGAGGUAAGCGUGAUGGUGUUCGAGACGACAAGGCACAACCGCUGCUUCUCGAUCGAGUGCGUGCUGUCGUACGACGACGGGUACACCUGGGGCUGGAGGCAAGUCGUGUACGAGCCCUCGCCACGCGGACGCCACGCAGGCAGCCCCCAGAUCGAGGCCUUUGGCGACGGUUCCAUCGCCGUGGUCUUCAUGACCGACGAGGACACACCGGAACGCCAGCGCGCGUGGCCCAGCAGCGCCAAGAUCAAGGCCGUUUUCGCUGGCCCGCCGGUGAAUGGGAGGAUCCAGUUCCACCAGCCUGCAGAGACGGUACAGCCCCCGAAUUCGUUCUGGCCGGGCAUCUUCAAGGUCGACGACAACACCCUCAUGGGCAUCUUCCAGCAUGGCAGGUCGCUCAGGGGACGGCAUCUCGUGUGGCAGACGCCACACUAA